UUGAAAUAACCGAAAAGGUCUCCAAACUUAAAUGCUAUUAUGAAUUUCAAAAACCGUAAAACAAAAAAUGUCUUGGAUUACGGGUACCGCUCCCGCUUCUGCAACUUCAGCUCCGGUCAACUUGUUUCCUCCUUCUUCUUCUUCUGCACCUGCACGGUACUCCGUCCUUCCGCCGCACUAUACACGGCUGUACUACCCUACUAGUACUAGUUAUAGAUUCACCCGCCGGAGCCGGCAACCUUUGCUCUCUUAUACGUUGUCAUCGCUUCCCUCUCUACCCCACCUAAAGGAUGCCUUUCGAGCUUUGCCAUUCCAUCUUUCCCCGCCUCCUAUCGACCACGACCACAGCUUCUUUACCCAGGACACCGUGACAAAUGCAGAUGAUAGAAUUAGUAUUGAGGCGUUUCAUAGUGAUGAUGAGGCACUGGAUGCAGCUGAAAAGGGCGCCGUUGUAGUGGAUCUAUCACAUUAUGGUCGCAUAAGAGUUGGCGGAGAAGACCGAAUUCAAUUUCUUCACAACCAAAGCACUGCAAAUUUUGAAUGUCUUAGUGAAGGCCAGGGAUGCGACACUGUUUUUGUGACACCAACAGCUAGGACAAUUGAUAUUGCGCUUGCAUGGAUCAUGAAAAAUGCAAUUACAUUGGUGGUCUCUCCCGUGACCUGUGAAAGCAUAUCUAAAAUGCUUGAGAAGUACAUUUUUAUUUCUGAUAAAGUAGAAAUUCAAGACAUCACCAAGCAAACAUGCAUGUUUGCAUUAGUUGGACCUGCAAGCAACCAAAUAAUGGAGAGAUUGGGCCUUAUCGACCUUAUUGGACAGCCUUAUGGCUCACAUAAACAUUACAGUGUAAAUGGGAAGCCUGUAACUGUAGCUGUGGGAAAUGUUAUUUCUGAGGAAGGUUUUUCAUUCUUGAUGUCAUCAGAUAGUGCUGGAACGGUAUGGAAAGCUCUUGUUGCCCAAGGUGCAAUCACAAUGGGUUCUGGCGCAUGGGAAACAUUUAGGAUUCUUCAAGGAAGGCCAGCUCCUGGUAAAGAGCUUACAGAUGAAUUUAAUGUUCUGGAGGCUCAUCUGUGGAAUGGAGUUUCUUUGAACAAAGGGUGUUAUAAGGGACAAGAAACAAUUUCUAGACUUGUAACAUAUGAUGGUGUCAAGCAGAGGUUGUGGGGUAUCAGGUUAUCAUCACUUGUGGAAGUGGGCAGUGCUGUUACAGUUGAUGGGAAAAAGGUUGGCAAGUUGACGAGCAUCACAGCAGGUAAAAGAGCUUCUGAGCCUUUUGGAUUAGGCUAUAUCAAGAGGAAAGCUGCAUCGAAGGGAGACACUGUAAUUGUUGGAGGCAAUGUUGUUGGGACAGUGGUGGAAGUGCCUUUUCUUGCUCAACAGCGUGUGCUAUCAAAGACUUGACACCUUGAUUUCAAGUACCAAGGCAAGACUAGUUAGUCUUGUACCCUUCUUGGUUGGAUUUCAAGAAGCUCAAUAUGUUUACAUGGCUUUUUAGUUUGCUUUGAAAGAUGACGGGUGAAGUUGAGCAUCUGCGAGAACAAUAGAUUGGAGGUUUAGGGCUACUUUGUGAAAGCUUUUGUUCCUGCCAAAAACCUGGUUAUGCUGCCGUAUAGCAAUAUUCAUUUUGUUUGCACAGUGUUGGUGGCUCGAGCCUUGUUACCUUAUAGAUUGCUACAUGGAAAACUGAAGAAAAAUAUGUUAACAUGAACUCCUAAUAUAAAGAAAGAGAGGUUUGCAUAUUGUUC